AACUUAACCAGUCUACUAAAAUAACCGGUACUGUAAGAAGAAAGGGUACCUACUCGUAUUUGAAAAUAUUCUUAAUGCGGUUCCAUGCCGUCGAAUCAUCAAGAGAUUCUUGGAGCGCAGCCGCGGAGAACAGCUCCGGAUCGUCAUUUUUGAAUCCAAAACUUCUACGCAGCCUCGCCUUUGCUUCUGUAUAAUUCGGAAGGAUGUAUCGUUCGAAUAUAUUUCCUUUUUCUUCCGGAGGGGUCUCAAGAGGAUAAUCGAUACCCUUUAUGACCUCGAUAUUGCCAAAUUCCCCAAAGUUAUGAGUUAUGCGAACCAUUGUUCAAGCUCUUUAUAUCUCUGAUAUCCGUUCCCCAGUACGAGAAAACUGUUAUGAAAUUAUUUGCGCAGUGAAGCAGCGAUGGGGCCUCUGCCAGACCAAGGCGGAAUCACAAAACAUGCAUAGUAAUUAAUAUUUCUAACGUCGUCCGGAGCAAUUAAGGGUGGAAGGAUAGGUGUAAAUUACGAUACGUAAAACCGAUAACCAAAUUCCAGAAACCAGGCGCAGACAGCACAGUGGGCAAACUCUGUAUUGAACUUAUCGUUGAUUCCUACGAAAGCGGCAAGUUACAAAUGCACAAGCGAUCAAAAGAACAUCGAUAGUCACCCUCACUGCGUUCACUGGUGUGUGUUGGGUUGGAGCAGGCCCGUUGAAGACAGUUUUACAGCGUACCGGAACUGGGGAAAUGAUUGUAGCAGAGAUUCUGCCAGAGAAAUCUAAGCUGACAAAGUCGAAAGUGAAAUUUGUGAAAUCCCUAUGAGGUACGAGCAAAUACAGUAGGAUGGGAACUCCAAAGACAAAGAAUUCCGAAAGGUCCCGUGCAACCACCAGUGCAUUUCGCACCAUAGUAUUCCUGGAAAACUCUGGCUAUAUGUGGAAUUAUGCGCCAGAUGCACUGGACAUUGAUACUGUCGCAAAAAGCCGACCAGAUGCCGCAACAAGUCCUCUGGCUCCCGUCAAAUGGAGUUGGCUAACAUGGGCCACAGAAGCACUGUUUGAAUACUGCCGCAUCGCAUGGGAUAUCUACCCAACUUAUAAGAUAGCGGUUUUCGGAGUCCAGCAGAAUAAGGAACCAAUAGUUAUCACUCCGUUGGAUGAUACACUGGAAGCACAACAGAUGAAAAUGCCUAAAUUUCGAAAUUUUCGACUGAAAAUGUUGGCACUGGCCAAUCAUAGAAUGGACAAAUCUUCUGAUCCGGCGAAUUUGUCGACUAUUUCGUUGGAAAAAAUUACUGCCAGCUUCCGUGCUAUGGAGAAUGACGAGCUCUUGUGCCCCAUUUUUGAAUUUCCUGUGCAGGAUGUUGUGGCUGAUAAGCCCUUUUUCAUCAGAAUUAUCUUGUUGACAUCCGAAAGCGACCCUUUUAAACUUAAUGCGCUGUUCCGACGAUGUCUUAUAGAGCAGAAUGUGGCUUAUCUGGCCAGAUACGAAAUAGCUGUGAUUAGUGUCGGCGCCAAGCAAAAACCACCUGCAGUUGCACAAAAGCUCGAUAAAAGCGAAGAUAUCUACCUCACCCAUUAUUUCGCGAAAACUGGUGCGGAUAUUGUUGAAUGCUUGAAAUCCUGCGUGGCCUUGGAUUUGGGUCUCUUGAAGACAACUGUCACCGACAUUCCGAUGAAAGAGGAUGCAAAAUCCGGCGGAUCAACUUCAUUUUCAUUUAAUGUCGAUCUCUAUCAUCCUUAUCUUUUGGAUUCUUCCGGUCGCCAAGGAAGUCGCUCAGAAAGUUCGCUAAGAAUGAAAUGGGUGAAACCCGUAAAAGGAUUGGUUUCGAAUUAUUUACCCCUGGAAAAUGCGCUGCCCUUACGUGCUUCGCCGUCCGAUCAAGCUACACGACCAACGCAGUGCUUGGUUGGGUAUGUUGUGGAUGGUAACGCAGUAUUGCUGGAAAGCCAGGAAACGGCAGGAAUGGCGUGUAAACUCUUUCUGUGCGGCGGAAAAAUUUGUCUUCUCCAGCUGCGAUCUGGAACUGAAAAAUUCACGGAUGAUAUGCCGUCGUUGGCUGAACUUGCUGGAGGACGUGUUGCAACAUACCGAGCUAAAGAACUGGCUGCAGUGUUAUCGUCGUUAUCGUUGGACCCGAAAACUUUUCCACUGAAGAAGAGCGUAUUGGAUCAUCAAAACCAGUUGACGGCAUACUUUCCGCUUGUUUAUAGUGACACCAUUGUGUACCUUCUGCCACAGUUUGUGCCCCUUUUCGACGCUGUAAACUCAGCGGAUUCCCGGCAUGCCAAUUGGGGGGCUGCACGAGAUGCCAUUCUUGAAGUGACAGGCAUGGAAAAAAAUGCCGAGUCGUUGCCCGUGUCGAAUGCCCACUUGUUGCUUCAAAACAUUACUUCCUCUCACAAAAAGGCAGAAAUUUAUGCCGUAUUGUGGGCGGAGCUGGAUAUGCUGCUUGAAGCAAACGCCAACAAAUCCCCGGAACAUGCCCAGCUUCGUGCGUAUCUGCACACCGUUUUAAGACGUCCAGUUAAAGAAGAAAUGAAACACAUGAUCCGCGAGAGGCAGCGAAUUCACAGCCACGUUGCGCUGGAACGAAAACCGGAUGCAGCAAAAAAGGAUCUUCCAGCCUUGCCCAAAAAGCGGAAAGCGCGUCCAGAUUUCGAGGGCAGAGUAAAAUACGGCCGCUUUGGACAGCUCUACCAGAAUCUUCAGAAAAGUGACAAAAAGGAUGAUGUUCUCAUUCAUGCAUCGUUAGAACUGUAAUUUCUGCUUUCACCAGUUCUAAAAUCGCCUUCGUUGUUAUAAUUCUGAUUGUACAGUUACUGCAGUUUUAUGUCAAUCUCAGGCUUAUGUUAGAGGAAAAAUGGUGGGAGAAUCAGCACGAUUGAGCGAAUUUAGUUUGUCUAGAACAUCGAGGGCAUGUUAAUUUGGCUACCAGUUGACAUCUCUUUAAACUGUAAAGACUU